CGGACGGACGGACGGACGGACGGGCUGACGGGCGGGCUGCGGGGCUCCGCGGCUCUCUCCACCUGCCCGCGGCCGCCCGCAGCGCCGAUGUUCGGGGCGGGCAGGUACAGCAUCCCGCGGCCUGUCACCAGGAACCUGGAGGACCUGGACUCGGUGCAGAGCGUCCUGCUGCACAGUGACCUUGAGCCUGAGUGGUUGGACAGUGUGCAGAAAAAUGGAGAAUUAUUUUAUUUAGAAUUAAGUGAAAGUGAAGAAGAAGUUCUGCUUCAGAGCAGCUGUCCAGAAAUGCCAGCAGUGAAUCAUGUCAGGUUUCGUGAAAACGAAGCUGAAAUCAUUCAAGAGGGAUCACGAAAGGAAAGGAAAUAUGAACUGAAGAAAUGGACCAAAAUGUUAAAAAAGAAGAGUCUUUUACCAAAGAGUUCUGAUAAGAAAGGCAGUGGAAGCUGCAAUGAGCACCCCUCUGGUCCUACUUCCAUAUUGAAGCACCGCUCUGCUCAGAAAAUGGGUGUCACUGUUCAGCAGAAAUACAAAGAUGUGUCUGUUUAUGUAAAUCCCAGAAAACUCUCCAAUGCUGGGGAAGAAGAGCAGCAGAGGCUGCUGGAAGCCUUAGUAGGGAUUGUCCAUCAGUCUUCAUGGAGCAGCAGAAGAGUGGAAAAACAAGGCAGGAAGGAGAAAGCCACCAGAGGAGUCAGUGAAGAGAAGCUUGUGGUACAUGGCUUGGUGCCAGGUAGUUCUGCAAUGAAAACGGGUCAAAUCCUGAUUGGAGAUGUUCUUGUUGCUGUAAAUGAUGUCGAUGUGAAUUCUGAAAACAUAGAGAGGGUUUUGUCUUGCAUUCCAGGUCCCAUGCAGGUUAAACUGACAUUUGAGACCUCGGUGUUUGAGGCUGAAGAGACUUCUGAGCAAAGGAACAAACAGACCCAGUCAAGUAUGAACAACCUGGUUCGGCUGCUGUGGGGAGAGGAGACUUUGGACCCUCAGCAGGAUGUGCCUCACAUUGUCAUGUUCCUCACACUGAAACUGGACUCUGAGACAUGCAAGGAUGAGCAAGAAAUUAUUUAUCAGUACCCCAUAUCAGAAGCAUCCCAAAAACUGAAAAGUGUGAGAGGGAUAUUUCUCACACUGUCUGACAUACUGGAAAGUGUUACUGGUACCGAGAUUAUCAGUUCCUCCCUGUUCUUAUGUGAAAAACUUGUUCAAGUUGUUUACUGGAAAGAAUCUGACAAGUUGCUCGUAAUUGGCCUUCCUGAAGAAAAUGUGCCACUUUAUCAGCUGAGGAACAUGAUUCAAAAUGUUGUCAGGACCUUGACAUUCAUGUACAGUUCUUUGGACAGUGCUUUUUGCCAGGUGGAAAAUGUUUCUCGCCUGGAUCAUUUUUUCAACCUGUUCUUCCAGCGUGCCCUCCAUCCUGCAAGGCUCCAGGCUGGCAGCAGCCCCAUUGCCCAGCUCCAGGAUCCCUGCAGUGCCCUGCUCCAGGGCAGCCUCCCUGCGCUGCGCUGGCUGACGCUGCCCCAGCAAGUCAAGAUGGAAAUUGACACAGCACUGAGUGAUCUGGAAGCAGCUGACUUUGCAGAGCUGUCUGAAGAUUAUUAUGACAUGAGAAGAUUAUAUGUGAUCCUGGGCUCUUGUCUCUUUUACAAGGGUUACUUGAUUGGCAAUCACUUGCCAAAGGAAGACCUUGUUGAUGUGGGUUUCUACUGCCAGCACUACUGUCUGUUAUCCCUGGCAGCAGAGCAGAGGAUUGGGCAGUUGGUGAUUUGGCGGGAAGUGUUCCCGCAGCAUCACCUCCAGCCGGAUGAGGAGUCACAUUUCACAGGAUACAGGGAACCUGAAGCAAGAUACUUCUUACUGAUAGUUGGCUUGAGACACUUUGUCCUGUGUGUCCUGCUGGAGGCAGGGGGCUGUGCAUCCAGAGCUAUUGGGAACCCAGGACCAGACUGUAUCUAUGUAGACCAGGUCAAAGCAACCAUUCUCCAGCUGGAAGGAAUAGAUGCCAGCAUCGAGGAAAGGCUGGAUUCUCCCUCCAUGCCACCUUUAGCCUGUGCUGACUGGUUCCUUCCUGCAGCACGGGAAAGACUGGAGAGCUUGAGCGCCUCACCAAUGCUGAGCAAGCUCCAGAGCUCCUGCAAGGCUGGGAGCACUGCAGGGAGCAGGAGGAGCCUCUUUGGGGACGCUCUGCACACCCCACGGAAGCAGAGCCCCCCGAGGAGCAGCGGGGCGGCCGAGCAGGGCAGCGAGGGGCCCGCAGAGGAGGAGAGCACCAAUGCACAGCCUCUGCUGGAGCAGGCCACUAGGAAAAAACACAGCCUGCCAAACCCAUUUCAUUCAGGAAACCUGAAAAAGAACUCUUCAGACAAAGAUACAGAACUUCCUAAUGCUAUGAAGUUGACAUCUGGUCCUGAGAACACCCUCUUCCACUAUCUGUUUUUGGAGACAAUGCAAGGAAUCUUUAUUACUCCAACUCACAAAGAAGUAGCCCAGCUCGGUGGCUCCAUCCACCCUCAGUUAAUUGAGAAUUUCUACCAGUGCUGCCUUUCAAUCCGUUCCAUUUUCCAGCAGUCCAUGAAGAAAGAGAAAAAGAAGAAGGCAGGCAGUGGGAUUUCAGAUUUCAGUAAGGCAGCUGAGGACCCAGGUCUGGUAAGAGAACAUGGACUUCUGUUUGAGUGCUCUCCUGAAAACUGGACUGACCAGAAGAAACCACCACCAACAAUGAACUACUGGGUUGUGGGGAGACUCAUUCUCCAUCCCAAACCUCAGGAGUGUUACGUGUGUUUCCAUGACUCGGUGACAGAAGCUGCUGUGGAGCUGGCCUUUAAACUGUCCUUCGGCUUAGCUGCAUAGCUGAGCUUCCUGCAUACUCAGGCAUCCUGCAGGGUGGUCUUCAUUCUUUAAAAUAUCCCAUAUCAAGGGAAAUGAACUCAAUUUAGGUGCCACCCAUGGGGUGUCUUUGAAAUGCUUUAAAAAAUCAAAUACCUUGUGGUAUGAAGCAGUUAAAACUUCAGUGGUGCUUCUGAUGAGCUCAUCAAUUGAAUGCUUUUUUUCAGAGAACCAAAGUUCUUAUUUUUAUAUGCUGUCACUUUUUGUUUUACCCUGGUCAUAACUUUAUUAUAUGAAAACACCACAUCAUUUGCAUGUUCACUGCUGUUCAGUGUACAAUAUGCAACAUAAAAUGGUAAGCUGAUCCUCAAAGUACUCUGUGAACAUGGAAAUUGGUGAUGGAGGAAAAAAUAGUUCUCCAGUAACUUAAAAUUUUGCACCUCUGAGGGCCUGAAAAAUACCAAAUGUUUUCAGUAGCAUUGUGUUAAUCAAAACAGAGAGAAAUCUUUAAGAGAAUUCCUGGCACUUAGCCUCACAAAACGGAUGGUUUACUAUUUUUGCUGUCCUGCACACUCGAGGACUAUACUGUGGUUGAUGUUUUACUUGACUCCAUGAGUUUAACUAUAAAUAAUACUUAGAUUUGUUAAAAUGCGAUUUUGAAGACACAAAAAAAGAAGAGGGGCGGGCAGGGUGGUUUUAAGAUGUGCAUGGACUUGGCUUAUUUUAUAUUCAUAAUUUCAUAAUAGAAACGUAUAUUUGUUAAAGAACAGUAAAGCGUUUUUUGUUACUUAAUGUAUUUUCUCUUUUCUUUUAUUAUUUUAUUCUAAUUGUUUUUCAUGAGUGCUUUUCAUAAAAUGCAUAACUAGAAUUGCAUUUCAAACAACGGGAUCAGAAAGUUUUAAGUGUUCAGGAAAGUAAAUUCAAUUUCAUGGGUUCUCAUGGCCAAAUCUUUAGAUCUUGUUCUCACUAGUAAAUGACACAGUUUGGGGUAGUCCUAAAACAGUCAAUCAAAUGCUUGCAGUGCUCACAGGGUGAUUCACAGCUUGUCUUUAUCACUCAGCAGUUGCUUCAGUUCCAAACAGCAGAAGUCUUGGGCCUGAUGUGCAAGCUGUGAUUGAGGACUUUGCUAAUCAGCUUUCUCCAGGAUUUAUGGUUCCCAGCAGAUGAGCAGCAGUUCCCAGCCCCAAGCUGGCUCCACUUCCAAAUGGGGCUGGUUUGACAGUGCCCAGUGGCUUCUGCAAUCUGCCAUCUAGAACUGGGGCUGGUGAGUUUUCUUUCCAGGGAAAGGCCCUCAGGAUUUUUCUCUGGGGCCUAUGGCUGGGAGAAAAAUCUCCAGCCUGUGGCCGGCUGGCUCCUGAAAUUCCGCGAUACGCAGGAUGCUUGCCAGAGCCAAGCUGGCACCAGUGGCAACUCGGGCUGGUUUGACAGUGCCAAGUGGCUCCUGCAAUCUGCCAUCCAGAAGCGGGGCAGGUGGGUUUUCUUUGCCAGGGAGAAGGGCUGAGGUUUGUGUCUGGGGGCCAGUGGCCGGGAGUGGCCAGCUGGCUCCUGAAAUUUUGCAGUAUGUGGGAUGGUAUUUCAGUCUCAGCCUACAAAUCACAUCAGCAGUGUGUUAGCUCUGUUCCCCGUGUAUAAAUCAAGUGAUGGGAGAGUUACUCUUCUACACCUCUGAAAAGUCUAAAAUACCUGAGGUUUGGGCAUUAGAUGGAAGAGGGAAUGUAGAGUAAAGCAGGCAGUCUUUGCUCCAGUGCUUUUAGGGGUUUAUCUUAAUGUCCAGGAGAACCUUUUCUUUAAUUUAGAAGAGUAAUGUAAUUCUGAAAGUGCCACCAAGUUUCUGAUACGUGUAUCAGCUGUCAGGCAUUGCUUUAAGAUGGAGUGUGAGCACCCUCUCUGUCAGCAAAAAUGCACAGGGAGGCUGCUGCAGGAGAGCAAUGUCUGCACAGCCCUCUCAAUACUCUGCUUUCCUGCACUUCCCAUUGCUAUCUCUAGUCCUAGAAAUGGGUGAAGUAAGGAAAUUGAAAAUCUAGGCUGUUUCUCAUAUUACUGAUGGUUUACUUGUAGAUUGAGAUUUUCCAGUGCUAACACCAAAUUCAUACACUGUUGGUAAAUUUCAAAAUAAAUCCAUUUCUCCAAAAAGAAGUCCUUGAAAAAGAAAGGACCUCAAAAGGAAGACUUUUGGCCUUUGUUCCAGCUAAUACCAAGCAGAAGAGAUGUAUAAUAUCCUUGGUGUAGUAUAAACUUUGGAAAUGUCAAAAAUCUCUAGUUGUUUUUAAAAAUCCAUUUCUUUCUCUGUAGAAUCUCUGGCACUGUUUGGCAAAUGUGACACACUAUUUCCCACCACAGGCUCUAAAGGUUGCUUUUAAGGACAAAUGCAAACAUAUUUUUCUGUCCAAAGGGGAUAAAGGAAAACAGGUAAAAAUAAUCUUUUGCUUAUUAAUUUUAAAAAACAAAAUAGAUCUGGUCAAGAGCUGUGCACUUCUUUCCCUCAGCAUGGUUGGUAAUUAGUGGUGGUAGAAAGAGGCAGGUUUCCUGUGUAGCCUGUUGUUACAGCAAUAAAAUUUGGGGUUUGAUCUUAAAUGAUUAAUGACUUGGUGAGGUCCCUGCAAGUGUCCCUCCAUUCAGAUGGAUUCCUGAAAGGCCAACACCUGUGGAAUUAAUAACAAGAGAUCUUGGUCUUGGAAUAUGAAGUGUUGAUACUGGCAUUUGGCAAAUUACAUAAAAUUCAUUCAUA